AUGCAGAGAGGCAAGGCCCCCCCUUCAAGGAGAGCUGAAAUUCAGCAUCUGUAUCAAACCUACUCCUCAGGACAGACUAUCUUACCUGCCUGUGCCCUCCUCCGUUUCCUCCACAAAGAGCAGAACGAGCUCACAGCCAAUGAAGAGAAGGCAGACAGUUUGAUUGAUAGAUAUGAGAUUGAAGAGACAGCCAGAGAAAGCAGAUCCAUGACAUUUGAAGGAUUCCUGAGAUACAUGGAGUCUAAAGACUGCUGUGUGUUCGACCAGGCCCACACUUCUGUGUAUACAUCCAUGGACCAGCCUCUCACCCAUUACUUCAUCUCCUCAUCUCACAACACCUAUCUGACUGGAGAUCAGAUAGUAGGAAAGAGCCAUCUGGAUGCCUAUGUGAGUGCUCUGAGGAAAGGCUGCCGCUGCCUGGAGGUUGACUGCUGGGAUGGGCCGGAUAUGGAGCCUGUAGUCUACCAUGGCUACACCCUGACCACUAAGAUACUCUUUAAGGACGUCAUCACCACUGUGGAGCAACAUGCCUUCGAGGUGUCUGCCUACCCAGUGAUCCUGUCGUUAGAAAACCAUUGCUCUAAGGAGCAGCAAGAAGUCAUGGCCAAGUACCUUGUCUCUAUCCUGGGGGAGAAGCUGCUGAGAGCUCCCUUGGAUCACCUGACCACUGGAGACCUCCCAAGCCCCAACGACCUGAAGUAUAAGAUCCUCAUCAAGAACAAAAAGCUUAAGCCUCACAUUAACACGGAGGGCCCAUCAUGCACAGAGACAGAGGAGAGUGUAGAUGAGGGCGAGGAGGAAGAUGAGGAUGAGGAGGACGAGGAUCUUCAAACCAAAGCAAAGUUCUGGUCUUCCAAAAAGUUAAAGAUAAAAGUAAUAGCAGAGGCUUUAUCGGACCUGGUGGUGUACACCAAGUCUGUGAAGUUCAUCAGCUUCAGUCAUUCAAAGGACAAUCAGAACUACUGCGAGAACACAUCAAUGGCAGAGAAGAAAGCGCGCAAGCUAGCCAAAGACUCAGCUGCAGCCUUUGCUCAGCACAACCAGAGGUUCCUCAGCAGGAUCUACCCCGCAGGCUCCAGGACGUCGUCCUCCAACUACAACCCUCAGGAGUUUUGGAGUGUCGGCUCACAGCUCGUGGCUCUCAAUUUCCAGUCUCUGGGCAUGCCUAUGGACCUUAAUGACGGUCGUUUCCAGGACAACGGGGGCUGUGGAUACGUCCUGAAGCCGCCCGUGCUCAUGUCCAGUCAGGAGAGCUUUGAUCCCAGCCUCAAACCCACACACCUGCUGCUCAAGGUGUUCAGCGGGUCCAACUUACCCAUCUCCAGGAGUGGAAAAGCUCUGGACUCCUUCGUCACAGUGGAGGUUUAUGGGACCUCAUCUGACUCAAACAGAAAACACACACACACUGUCAAAAACAACUCGCUGAGUCCUUACUGGGAUUCUGACAUGAACUUCAGCAUCAGCGUCCCUGAGCUCUGCCUCCUCCGCUUCUGUGUCAGAGAGCAGACCGGCCUCCUCAGCAGUGAGUUUGUAGGACAAUACACGCUGCCCUUCACCAGCCUGAAGAAAGGCUACCGAUGGGUGCCUCUGCGCUCCCGAGACGGAUGCAGCAUGGAUCCAGCCUCCCUCUUCCUCUUUGUUUGGUAUUCCUAA